GCGCAACGGGGCCAUCAUCCGAUCCUUCCAACUAUCACCACACAUAUCCAUUCUCUAUCAGGUGUCUCCUUCCGCUUUCGUAUUCCCAUGCUAAUGUUGGAGCCCGUAGCUGCUCGGUAUGCUUGCUGUUGUCGUUCUCCGCCGUCACUCCCUGUCGUCCUUACCCGUAGCCAUUGGAGGGUUAUCACCUACAGCCGUCGGAAGAAGGCUAUCGUCGCCGGAAAGUACGAGCGUCCGGUAGAUGCUAUGAGCAUGGGAAAGAGGUCAUCAUUAUCCGGCGUCAUUGUUUGUCGCUGGAAAGCAUGGAAGCCAUUGGAAGGAAACAAGCUGGAAGU